GCAAAUUUCCUGUGUGGAAGGUCAAGUGUUACUAGAAAUACUUGGUGCUUGGAAUCAUUGUGAUCGUACCUGAACUUUUUUAUUUUAUCUGCUGCGAAGUUUGAAUUCAAUAGGCAUUUAGAUAAUAUGGACGGGAUUUCCUGCCUCACAGAAAAGGAAGACGAAGAAGCUUCCACCUCGUCGAAAGAUUUAGAGAGUUUUCUACCUCACGGCAAGAAGAGAAAGGCCACCGUAAACCCGAAUAGCGAUGCAUUGGAAAGAUUUGUCAAAGAUGUGUCGGAGGUCAGACGACAAUUAGAAGAUAUAUUUCAUGAAAAUGUAAAAUUAAAAAUUAUGUUACAGACCAGCUCUUGUAUAAUGUUAAAAAUUGAACGCGAAAUCGCUGCUUUAAGUAUUGGUGGAAAAGCGCUGGUUACAGAAUCCGAAAUACAUUAAACAGUCGAAAAUUGUUCAACUGCUCAUUAAAUAAAAAGUGUCUCGAGCUCUUCACUCUAUUUAAAUUUUGUAAAAUAUUUCAUUUAAAAUGACCUAAUAAUUUUCAGUAUGUGGCAUGUUUGUUGUAUAUUAUUUACAUAUUUUUAUUUGGAAAUAUUCAUUAAAUAAAUAAUAAUCAAAACUUCAACUAAAGUGAUACAUUGCAAUUGUAAUUGAAAAUUUUCAAUUGUGUAUUUAAUAUACCUGAUAAUUUUGUUUCUCCGAAUGUUUGUAUACAAGCGCGAAGGAUUAAGAUUUUCCAAAUUUUCUGAUCGAAGCACCAAAUUAUUAUGAUUAAUUUAAUUUAUACUUUGUGAAACAGGUGUUUUGGUUUAAGUGUUGUUUUAGAGAGGAAAGAGAAGUUGUUAAACAAUUAUAAUUAUGGAUUUUAUUGAUUUCAGUUAAAAGUAAAUAUAGGAAAUACCCCAGAUGAAUCGGUAUGGAAACAAUCAAAUAGAUAAAUUUAAAACUUAAUAUGUUUAUUUGGUACAAAGUGAAAUAUCGUAUUUACUCGCAUAUAAGAUG